AUGUAUAUCAAGAAAAGUUAUCUAGGAAUAUACAAUGGAUUCCAGCUAAUGGGAUGGGGUUAUAUACUAUCUUUAUACAUAUUUGAGUCAUCCAUCAAAAGAAAGUGGUUUGAGUUCAGUGUUCAAGUAGAUAUUCUUCUACGACUGUUUCAAUCACUAGCCAUCGUUGAGAUAAUCCAUUCCGCAAUAGGACUAGUUAGAUCUUCCGUCAUGGCAACAAUGUUACAGGUAUCCUCCCGAUUACUAGUUGUGUGGGGGAUUUUAUAUAUAGUCCCAGAAGUUGCACGUGACAAUUUGGGUGUCCCACUCAUUGUUAUAUCGUGGUCUAUUGCUGAAAUGAUUCGUUAUUCAUAUUAUGUGGCAGAUAUAUGUAGGGUAAAGUUAAAUCUGCUAACUUGGUUGAGGUACUCAGGUUUUAUGGUUUUGUAUCCAACUGGGAUUUCUGGUGAGGUUCUUCUAAUAGUAAGUGGUAUAAAAAGACUGAAGGAAACAGAAGAAUAUUCCUUCGAUCUUCCAAACGCUCUAAAUUGUUCACUCAAUUAUUGGUUUGCUUUGGUUGCUAUACUUAUAACCUACAUUCCAGGUUCGAAGACAAUGUACACUCACAUGAUGCGUCAAAGAAGAAAAGUGUUACAAAAUUGUAACUAA